GUCAAUGGUGGGUACAGCCACUGAAAGCAUACAUGUAUUUCUAGUGUCUUUGAUUCUGUUCUCAAAAAAUGAUUGCUAAAGAGGAACGACCAUUCAUCAUCAGUUUCUGCUUAGCUGGGAUUUCCCACUAGCAAGAUUCAUAAUGACCUUAAUCGGCGGCGACUUUUCUUUUGUAAAACACAAAAAUGUAUCGUACAGAUCCCACUCUAGCAUGAUUGACUGAUCACUUCUUUCAGCUGCUCUGCUUUUAGUUGGGCACACAGGCAGGGGAUGCAAAAAAAUACAUAUUCGUCUACUUAAAAUGUCUAAGCAUUAAUUCUUCACUAAUUAAAGCUGCGGUUUGUUUGUUUAUUAGGGUCGGGGAAAUAGCGUCCGUGAUAUAGGUGAGCUUUUGCAGAAGUCGUUUUUUACUUGAGUUUUUAGAGAAGUAUUUAAAAAAAAAAAAAAUAGUUGAGUGUUUGAAUGAAAAUCUAUUGAAAGUGAUUUUUAAUAUGAGAGGUUAGGUAAAAUGACUAUAAAGAACUUAUAUUAUUAACUAUGAAUCGUCUCUGCUUACUAGUUGAGUGUGGUCUGUAGAGGAAGGAUGAGACAUGAUUCACGAUAUCAGGGUUCAUAAUUUGGUCUCGUUUGGUUCCACGGUUUGAACUGGACCGAUCAAGAGAUCAAAAGAGCCAUGUUGUAUAUAAUGUACCAGACCAAACCGUUAUGAACAUUCUAUGCUUUAGAUCAAACUAUGUGGUUCGAUUUGAUCCAUAGGUUCUCAAACCAUCCAGUCUAUUUUUUCAUCCCUAGUUUGUGUAUCUGGAAUGAUAUAAAUGGAACUUCCUUCUAGGGGUGUGCAAUGGUCCGGUCCGUACCGGACCACACCUGACCAAACCGUUGUUAAGACCGGACCAGACUGAGUAAAAUGCGGUCCGGUCCUUGGUCCUCAUGAAUUUUAUAAUUACUGAAGAAAUGGUGGACUGAGCUCAUAUUUGGACUGAACCGAACCGGACCAAAUGGACCAAAUGCAAGAAUGGUCCGGUCCUUGAUCCUGACAUGUCUUUUACUAAUGGACCGCAGUUCUCAUGAGUUUGGUCCGGUCCGGACUGAACCGAACCGUUGCACACCCCUACUUCCUUCCUACCACUCGAGUUUUUUAUAUUAACUGAUUUUUUAUAGGGUAUGAGAGUAUGCAAUAACAUAUUGGCAAUUACUAAAGUACAAUGAAUAACAAAUUCAUACAAAUUUCAAGCCAACACACAUAAAUCCACUUUCUUGCACUUUUCUUUUAAAAGGAAACAUUCUGGUUAUAGACUAAUAUCAAUCCUUAAUUACCGGGAAAAUACUGAUCCUUAAAAGUAAUUUGAUAGAUUGACUCAAAUUAAGGUUAUCAAAUGCUCCAAUGAAACAACUAUGGGAGUUUGGUGGAUUUGAACUUUGUGACUCUAAUUCAAUGUCUUAACUAUCUUGCCUAGAUGGUUGUUGACAAUGUAAGUGUGGUAUCUUGAGGGAUAUGGUUGAAUUGAAAUAUCCUACAAUACCAAAUCCAAUGUGGUGUGCAGUCAAGAUAGGCAGCUUCAGUCAACUUGUGGCUGUUCAAAAUCCUUCUCCAACCUGCAAUAUUCUAAUAAUAUUAAUAUGGGGUUUACCUGCUCCUACUACGCUGACUAGACACACACUUGUUGGGCUUCAGUGAAGGUCAGUCCAAUAAGCCCAAAAGUAAAGUUUAUGCCCAACCCAAGCCAUGGAAAAUACUGGGCCUGAGUCCAUCUCCCCUUCCUUUCCCUCUCAGCCAGUCUUCUUGUUUCACCACUUGCAAACCCAGCUCCGCUGCCACUGCCGCUGUUACAGGCUUACAGCAGCAGCCGCCUUCUUGUCACCCAUUCGCCGUCUUUGCUUUCGAUGCUCGUCUCGCGAAACCAAAGCUCUCCCGUUAAUUCGUCGGAAAAUGGGGAUUAAGUUGAGCAUCAACGUCAACCGGAACGAGAUCUUGGACUAUCUCCAGCUCGUCCAGCUGUACGAGUACGUGGAUCGCAUCGUCAGUCGCCAUGGUUCUUUCCUCGACCACCAGUUCGCUACGGACCAGGACUUCAGGAGGCGGGUUGUGGAUCUAAUGGCGCGAAUUAAAGAAAUUCGGAACAAGAAGCAGUACGCCCUAGAGCGUAAGCUGUUGCACGAAUUGUGCGAAACAUACGAGGACCGGGUCGGCGGAGCUCGUACCGACUACCAGUACAGGCUUUAUCCGGCGGCCGGCACGGUCGCCAUUGCGCUCAGCAAAACCUUCACCGCCCCGCUCGCCCGCCUCACCAUUCUUUCCCAGGUUGCAGGGAUGCAUUACCAGAGUACGGCGCUGAUGAAAGGCAGGAUGUUGUGGGAGGCUCGUCGAAUUGUUGGCGAGGAAGGGUUCAGAGCCCUCUGGAAGGGAAAUUUGGCAUCUGUUGUUCAUCGAGUGCUCUUUGCUGGUGUCAUUAUGCUUGAUUAUGAGGAUUACAGGAAGAAUCUGGGGCGGGUGAUUGGUGGUACUGAUGCAAAUUCAACUGGUUUGGUGAAUCUAAUUGCUGGAGGAUUGACGGGAAUUGAAGCUACUUGUAUCACGUAUUCUCUAGAUAUGGUCAGGACUAGGGUGGCAGCUCAGAGGAACUCAAUGUAUGGGCUCAGGGGCACUUGGCAUGCAUUCUAUGAUGUACAUUCUGCCAACGGGUUUUUACCUGAUACCAUGUUUAAAGGACUUGGAGCAACAUUGCUGGGAACUGUUCCAUCUAUGGCCAUAAGCUUCUUUGUCUAUGAAUCCUUCAAGUCCUUUCUGAAAGCUCGAAGGCCCGGAGAUGACUCUCCAAUCACGGUUGGUCUUGCCUGUGGCAGCAUUGCUGGUCUUGCAGCUUCCACAGCAACGUAUCCUAUUGAUCUGGUGCGGAGAAGGAUGCAGUUGGAUGGAAUCGGUGGUCGAGCACCUAUUUACACAGGUGGAGUGCGCGAGACAUUCAAGACCAUCAUCCGGAAAGAGGGAUUCCGGGGUUUGUACAGAGGGAUCUUUCCACAGUGCUUGAGAGUGGUACCGGGGCAUGCAGUUGCGUUUAUGAGCUUCGAGAUGAUGAAGAUGUCCAUCGCCACCUAUGGGGUAAUCAAGAGCCGGACUGUGUCCAGUUAAUGAACAUUGCAGGUAGAUAGAGGGCCUGACCUAACUGUUUCACAUUGACAUGCAUACGUGCAAUUUAACCUACCAAUCGAGAUGUUUACCGAUGCUAGUAGAUUGUAGUCUUAUAGGAUGAAUUGUAAAGGUCGAAUAGUGGUGAAGGAUCCAUGUUGUGAUGGACUCAGCAGAAAUCUUUUGGUUAGAUCUGCAAUUGCAGUAAUGAAUUGCAAAUUUGCAA